GGGACAAGUCUCGACGGCCUUUUCUCUACUUCUCUAUGGGAAUUACUAUUGGUGCAUGGAGGGUUGCCACGAGCCAGGGACCUAGAAAUGGCCUGACCUCACGGGCAAGACCAGGAUAGGGAUGUUUUGCAGGAGCAGUGAUAUCUCAGUGGUCAUAUUUGGUAUAAAUACUAGGCCUGGUGCCUGUUCCCAUUAUUUUGAUGAUCUCUGCCCCAUAUCAUAUAUAUCUACCACUCUCAUCACUACUUGAAAACAAUCGACAGAUCUCACUGCUUUUGCCAUUCCUCGCCAGACGAGUAUUUUUCACCAUGUGUAAAUAUAUAUCCCACACGCGAGCCUGUUUCAUCUGUGGACACGAACACACGGUUCUCAUAUCCGAAAAGCAAUGCUCAACCGCCAGACGCAGCGGCAUUUUCGGCAGUUGUGGCAGGGGGAUCAGCAGCUAUACCAAAAGCACACCACAGAGUUGUUGGGAAUGCAAAGAAAACAGUGCAGUGGUAUCGAGGGCACACGUUCUGCAGCAGGUUGGCUUUCAUUGAUUCGAGCUCGCCGGAACAAUUCACGCUGCCCUUCUGGGCUGGCACUCUGCGACACUGGCCGGGCUGUACGUCUGACCACAUCUACACACAACCACUAUCA